UUGAGGGAGAAGAGCUGCGUGCGCGGAACGUGCCCGCCGGGAGACCGCGAAGGCCGCCGUGUAUACAUGCGCGCGCGAGGGGAAGAGAUGGAGCCCGACCCCUCGCAAACUACAAAUCAGAUGCAAACUGAUUCUCUGUCUCCGUCUCCCAACACUGUGUCGCCAGUGCCUUUAAAUAACCCCACAAGUGCCCCAAGAUUUGGAACAGUCAUUCCUAAUCGCAUCUUUGUUGGAGGAAUCGAUUUUAAGACUAAUGAGAAUGACCUAAGGAAGUUUUUUUCCCAGUAUGGCUGCGUCAAAGAAGUAAAAAUAGUAAAUGACAGAGCUGGAGUAUCAAAGGGGUAUGGUUUCAUCACAUUUGAAACUCAGGAAGACGCUCAGAAAAUACUACAAGAGGCUGAAAAACUAAAUUAUAAGGAUAAGAAACUGAAUAUUGGUCCUGCAAUAAGAAAACAACAAGUAGGGAUUCCUCGAUCCAGUAUAAUGCCAGCAGCUGGAACAAUGUACUUGACUACUUCAACUGGAUAUCCAUACACAUAUCAUAAUGGUGUAGCAUAUUUUCAUACUCCCGAAGUUGCUUCUGUUCCACAGCCAUGGCCUUCACGUUCUAUUUCCAGUUCUCCUGUGAUGGUAGCUCAGCCUGUUUAUCAACAACCUACAUAUCAUUAUCAGGCUCCUGCACAGUGUCUUCCAGGACAAUGGCAGUGGAGUAUUCCACAGUCUCCUGCCUCUCCCACCUCAUUCUUUUAUCUACAUCCUUCUGAAAUUACUUACCAGCCCCUGGAGAUUGCACAGGAUGGUGGAUGUGUCGCUCCACCUCUUUCCCUAAUGGAAGCUGCAGUUCCAGAGCCAUAUUCUGAUCAUGGAGUUCAAGCAUAUCACCAAGUUUAUGCUCAAAGUGCCAUAGCCAUGUCAGCCCCUGUGAUGCAGCCUGAGUCUGUUAAAGAAGCCAGGAUACAUUCUGUAAGAAGAAAUUUUUCUCAUCCUUCUUCUAUGAGUUUAAAGCCUCGUUAUGCACGAAGUCCUCACUUUCAUCCUAGAAAAGAUUACAGAUCAGAUGACACAGUGCUCACUACUUCUUCCUCUACAGACACUGUUAAAUAGCACCAUAGUUACACUUAAUAGCUAAUAUGAAGGAUCAAAAUGAAUCACUGCCUGUAUCAUGUCCUGAGGAGGAAUACAGUUAUCCUCUUCUCUACAAGGAUUAGAAUUGUUCUCCAGUAGUAGUCUCCAUGGGGGGGCUGUGCGUGACCAUGCAAAAGCCGCCCCCCAGUUAAUGCGGGGAGCGGUCAUUCUCUACAAGGAUUAGAAUUGUUUAUUCCCUGCUAUUGUUUUACAAGCUUUUUGUUGUAAUCUCUCAAUUUAUACUUAUUCUGGUAGAAUAAAUAUGCCUGCUGUAUUCAAUUAGAAUUGAAGCCUUUUUAUCAAAGGUGAAGUCCAAUUGUUUUUUUUUUAAGUCAGGUAAGGAUUUCAUAGAGUCAGUAAUACUACAUCAGCAAGGUAGCAUUUAAAUAAAUCAUUUAAGAACUGCUGAUACUGUCUUAACAGCAAACUGGAAAUAAACAAACAUUUAAAUACAACCUUAUUACCUGCUUUUCCCACAGUGUACCUACCAUUACAUGUGGCUGGAGUUGGGAUAAAUUCAGACUUUUACUAAAAUUUUAUUUAUUUUUCUAGUAACAUGUUCACUCUUGAGUCUUUAAAUAGGUUUGCACCUUUAUAGAACGUAAAAAGAUCAUAUGCAAAAAUAAUUUAUACAUUUUGUAAAAAUGUUUGUGAUAACCCAGCAACUAUCAGAUUUAAGUAGUUUUUAUGUGAAGUAUAAAGAACAUGAAUGGUUGGGGGUUAUCUGUUUAAUGUUACUGUUUUUAUAUUUGCAGAGGUUUUAAAAUAUAUCUGUAUAAAUGUGUUGACAUCUAUUGAAACUGCUUUAUAACUGUGAAAGGAUUUGCUCAGUUGUAUAUAUCCUUGUAAACAAUAUAAAAGUAGCCAAGAAAAGGCCAUGUGUUCUGUUACUAUGGCAUUAUUUCUAAGUAUAUCAUGAAACCAUUGUAUAUAGCUUAUUUCAUCCAAGCAAUCAGGGUCAGUUUUGAAUCUUUUGCUUGGGUUCCCAUUUUUACUUAGUGUAUUAGACUAAAAAAAGCAUAAUUUUCUGAAAAUAUUUCAAAAUUGAGAUGUCCAAAGAAUGUUUGGCAUUUAGAACUUCAAUUUAGAAAACAAAUGUCAUUCAUACUUGAAAUCCUUUGUUCUUACUGCUUGCGUUACGGAGUUAUUGAUAUUUAUAUCAGGUUAAAUAAUACCCAAGACUUUCCAUUUUAGUUAAUUCAUUUAAAAGAGCAAUAUAAACAUCAGGAUUAGAUUUUUUUAAUCCCUGGUUGGCUAAGAGUUACUUAGUACACACAAAUAUAGUAAUAGAAAGAAAUGUCUAAUGCAUAAACAGGUCCCUCCCUCAUACCUAAUUCUAAGGGGUUAUAACAGAAGUAAGAAAGCUGUCUUCUACCCUUUGUAUCUGUGGACUGUUAUCAAUCCUUUUGAAAUGUAUGGAUUUUUUUUAAUGCAACAUUACAUUUUAGAAUUUGGGUUAAUACCUGGUCAGCCAUAUUAUCUUGAAGGCUAGUUGAAUCUAAUAUAUUCCUUCCCUCUUAUUAUGUUUCUCCAUAGAAAAAAAUAGCUCCUGAGUCUAGUGUACUUAUUAAUUCACCUCAUUUAUAUAUUGAGGGUUAGCAAGCAAACAUUUAACAACAACGCUCUGUGUUACAGUCCUGAUUUUAAAACUUUUAUUUGGGGUACAUGGGAGAAUCAUAUUUGCCAUAGAUUUAGAGAUUGAAUGAAUUAUUUAAGUAAUGUUUACGAUCAUAACUCCAAACGUAUUUUAAGAAAUAGGUGAAGAACUACCAUAAUGUUAAUUAAAACGGGACUUUUCCUACGACUGUUUUGAAAUGUUCGAAAAAUGUGAACACCAAGUUGUUAUUUGUGCUAGUGAACUGGGGAAAAUUCACUUUAAUCAUCACAUUGUCAUUUGACAUAUCACUUUGCUAUUUCUUUAUGCUUUUUAACAUACUCUAUAAUCCAUGUAACAAAAUAAACUACUCAACAAACUGCAUUCUACUAAUAAGAUAGACGGAAGUAACAGAACACAUGGCUUUGCAUACAGACUUUCUACCUGUAUUUUAGUAUAGUUUUACAAUGUAAGUUUAUUGUACUGUGUGUUAGUGUAAAUGUUAGGGUAAAAUGGUAGUUUUGGGACACUCAUACUGCAGCAGCUUUUAAAGAAAUGUAAAUGUCACAAGGAAGAUGUUUGAAGAGAUACGCAUACAAAUCUACUAAGACGCUAGAUUUUUAAUACACGGUAAUUCCAUAUUACUGUGGAGCUCUGAUUUUGAACAAUGCUACAAAGUAUAGCAGAAGAGUAUUAUUUUGUUUUGGGCUUCAUUAUUGGACAGUGUUGAUCAGAGCUUUUGGUGUGAUAACAAAAGAUAGCUGUAAAAUGGCACAUGAAAGCAGGGUGUAUUGUGGGGUAUUCUUUAACGUAUUUUCAAAGGAAUAUAAGAGUUUACUUUUGCCAUGGUAAUAAGGAGUAGUUCAUAAAAAUGCUAUAUGUAAGUAGAAUGUUUUUGCAUUGUCAUACAAUUCUAGCUAAAUUAACAGGGUACCAAAAUGGCUCCUUAUGCAUUUACUGUAGUUCCUGCAACCUUAAGUAAGUUAAUAUAAAUGUACAGAAAGAUGUUUUAUCAAUAAUUUUAUAGUACUUCAAAGUUUUACAAAUUUGUUCUCUACUCAUUUUUUGUUUAAACGAUGGGUAUAAUCCAGUCACACUGAAGGAUUCUGUUAGGCUCAGUAGAGCCUUGAUUUACACACAUCCCAAACAAGCAUGAGGCAAGGAAGCAGCUUUGUAGGCAUAUGUAUGGACUUUCCAUUCAACCUAAUGCCUUUCGCACAACCUCUACACAUACAAAGGAGAAAGCAUGUCUCUAUGAACUAUUUGUGCAAGGGUGCUAGGCCCACACGGGACUGGAUUCUGCCAUGAAUGUAUGAUAUACAGUAACAAUAUUGGUUCCUGUAGCUUUUACCAUUCUU